AUGUCUGAAACCGAGCUCGUGGAUUUGGAAGAACAGUUCAAUAGCUUUUUUCCCAUCCGUGAAUUCUCCUCGUUCGAAGAGUUUGAGAAGGUUUUUCGCGAAUUCCAACGGGCCACGGCCACUAGCUAUGUGUUUCACACGAGCACCAGUCGGGAGCUUUGGCAGCGCCGACGGCGAGAGGUUAUCCCGGAGAACUUCAGGUACAAGUACGUAUGCUUGAGGUGCAUCCACUCUACAAAAAAGAAGCGUAAGCCUAGCACACUCUACCGAUUCGAAGAUUACAACUGUCCAUCAAAAAUAACUCUUGGGUACCGCGAAAACAAAAUGCACUUAAUUCACACCGAUCUGAAGCAUAAUCACCCUAUCGCAGAAGGAAAUCCUGAGUUUUACUCGAAAAACCGCCGCCUCUCUCCUGAACAAGAGGCCAUUCUACAUCGUCUGUUAGACGGGGGCUUCUCGCCUGGGCAGAUAAUCGAAUAUAUCUAUGUGAACUUCGGAAUACGAAUCAACAUGCUAGAUUUGCGUCAUAUUCUCGAUCGAAAGCGUAAAUUCGACCAGAUUGAAGGAGAGGAGGUUCCUGUUAGUGCACCCGUACAACCUGUGCAGCAACCUGAACCAGAGCCCGUCAAACCCGAGCCGAUUGUUGUCCCGGUGUCAAUCACCACCACACCAGUGGUGAACACAUUCCCUUGUUCGGUACUGGUGCCUACAUUUGUCAAUUCGCAGGAGCAAACCAUGACGAGCAGGAGACAUCAGAUUCUUCAGGUUAUCACAGACCUGUACAAUUCUUUGAUUCGUCUAGAUGACGGUUUGGUGGACGAACAUUUGAGUUUUCUUCAAAGUUAUACAACCCAUCUCACGCAAUCCCAGUGUGAUGUAGAUGAGCCAGUGAAUACCGUUCCUGUCGAAGCCAAUGUCACUUCUGUAGCAAAAAAUUCAGCAAAGCCUAUUCGAUCUUCAUCUACUGCUCGCUCGCCCGCGAAACGGUCGGGUGGUGUGAAGUGCGUGUCAGAGGUGAAACCCCAACUCGUUGACAUUGCACCGAGGCCCAUUGCCCCUCGGCCAACGCAGUCAACUCUACGACCUAUCCUACCUCGCCCGCCAGAUCGACCUAAGGUGGCCAUUCCAGUGACCGUCGUGCCCAUCGCGACAAACGUAUCAACAGAUAUGGAUGCGCACGCAUCAGCACCACCUCUCGCCACCAAACCUUCUCUAGAUGUUACCUACGACGAUGAGAACGAGGAAGAUGAAGAGGCAGUGAAUGAACAGGAAGAAGAUGAAGAGGAUGAAGUGGAAGAGGACGAAGACGAGGAGGAGGAGGAGGAAGAAGAGGAUUUACACGGAGGAAACAUUUCAUCAUCUUCCGAGGAUUAUGUGAUGUCGAACAAUAUGAAUUCACUGAACCACUCAUAUGUAUUCACUCGAAAUUUCGCGACUCGAAGGAAACCGGUUUUGGUCACUCGCGGCUCCCCGAUAGAGAUAAUCGAUGAGUAUAUUCACCGAUGAUGCGCAUUUGUUCGGCUCAUUACACACAGUCACGCUCAUCUCGAUUUUUAAUGUUAUUGUAAUUUUCUCCGUGUAUUUCGCUCCAUCUACCUGUAUAUAUAUAGCCAAGCUACUCGAUAAUGGCCAGUAAUAUUAUCUG